AAUGUCAGAAGUUAUAGUUAUGAUAAGAUCAGAAAUUGGAAUGAAUAGAGUUUCUAUUCUAUCUAAUCAAACAUUUUCAGAUUUUGUAAACAAAGUUGGUUAAAUUUUGAAUAAACCUCCUGAAUCUUUAUAAUUAAAUUUAGAAGGUGUAUAGAUUUCUUCAAAAGUACCUCCAACUAUGGCAAUCAAAAACAUUCCUAAAUUUGAGUAAUAUAUUAAUACAUAUUAUUAGAAAUGGAGCCUUUAUUAAUGUUUUAAUUGACACUAAAAAAGCUCAAUAAAAACCAUAAUAAAUUUAAACUCCUGAGCAACCAAAAGUUUAUACGGCAUUUGGAAAAUUAGCAAAUGCUUAAUAGAUUUAAUAAGUUGACCAUAAAAUACAUGAAAAUAAAGAUCAGUAUUUUAUUUAUAUUAUAAUCAUAGUGCUUUAAGUUAAUUUUGCUAACAUGGUCCAUAAGCUAAAUGCAUUAAUUGUUUAUCUUAAACAUCAAACAAAAUUGAUAAAUAGGAAAAAACAGAAAUUAAUAAAUGUAAGCAUGGAGAAGGUGGUCGUUGUUUGAAUUGUGCACCUUAUGAAUAAGAGAAGAAGAAUACUAAAGUAGCCAAUAAAAUCUUAUGUCAACAUGGUCCUAAUGGAAAAUGUCCACAUUGUAUUGAUGAAGGUCAAAUAGAGGCUAAACAUGUUUCAUUUGAUCAAUAUUUGCAUGAUAUGAAAUUCAAAUGUCGUGGAUAACAUCCAGAAAAUGGAAGAUGUAAUAAUUGUUUACCCCCAACUAUGGUAAUUAUUUUUGAAUUUAUUUAUUUAGAUAUCUUAUAAAUUAAAGAAAGAUUGUAAAAAUCAUGCUCCAUAUCCUAAAGCUAUGUGUAAUAAUUGUCUUCCACCAUCUAUUUUAUUAAAAAGAUAAGUUUAUAGACAUGUUGAUUAUGUUGAAUUCUUAAACAUUCCAGAAAUGUCUAAUUUAGUUUAAUAUUGGACAAGUAAAGGAAAAACAGAAUAAAGAAUGGGAUUUUUAUAUGGAUAUUAUGCUGCAGAUCCUAAUUAUUAAAAUGGUGUUAGAGCAAUAGUAGAAGCUAUAUAUGAACCUCCUUAAAAAGGUUCAUUUGGUCAUGUUGAAUUAUUGAAAGAUCCAGCUUAAAGUCAUGCUGAUGAAAUAGCAAAUAGUUUAGAAAUGGAAAAAAUAGGAUGGAUAUUUACAAAUGUUAAUCAUGAUUGUUUUUUAUCAAGUGAAGAAUUGAGAUAAGCAGCAAAAUACUAAUAACUUCAUUCUAUUAAACAUCCAGAAGGUUGUUUAGUAAGUAAGUUCUUAACUGUUGUUUUGAGAAGUAAAAAAUAUAAAAUAUAUCAUUAAAUUAGCUAAAAAAGAUAAUCCUGAUGAAGUAGUUCCAGAAGUUUAUAUGGUUUCUGAUUAGGGAUAGUAAUUGGAAUAUGAUGGAAUAUUUUAGAAUUCAGGAAGAAGAAAGGUAUUAUAAGUUAGAGAACCUAAAGAUGAAUUAGAUGUGUUACCAUCAUUUGUAUAUAAUGGAAAAUCAGUAAAAGAAUUUGAACCAGACUUUUUUAUAGUGAAUGUAAUAUUAAAUAUUUUAAUAUUUAUAGGUUGCUCAUGGUUACAAUCCAAAUUCAAAUUAUAAUACAUUCAAGUUAUAUGAUUUCCCUGUUGAGAAUAGAUCAGUAGUAGCUAAAUAAUAAGAUCUAAAGGCAUUCUUACAUAAACAUUAAAAGAAACCAAGUUAUCAUAGAUUUGCAGAUUUCCAUUUGUUGUUAUUUUUGAGCAAAUUGAUAGACAUACAUGUAAAUAUCUUAUUGAGUUAAAAUAGAGUAUUGUCAAUAUAACCACGUUUAUAGCCAGUGAAUGCGAAGUACCAAAUGAAUUACUUGAUAUUGUGAAAAUGUAUUCAACAGGUCCUUGAG